AUGGUCACCGUGUUGUGUGGAGGUCCCGGUGCGAUGGUUGUGGCGGUAGACGCGGUGGUAGAGGCGGUAGGAGCGGAGGUGCAGAUGGAGGAGAUGAGGAGGAAUCCGCUCGCCUCUGGUCGCUGCUGGAGUCACGUGACCACGUGGAGGGGAGGGGAGGGGGUGCAGUGUGCUCCAUCACCGGCAGGAGGCGCCGCUGACGCCAAACGGGCCCUUUAUGUGGUGGUAUUUGAUUAG